AUGAGCGCACCACAAUCCAACAAGAGACACGCCUCAGGUGCUCAUGAGAAUGAAUCUAUCAAGAAGAGAGGUAGGCCGUCAAGGUCAGAGCUUGCUUCGACUAUUCCAGAAGACGCCAUCAACCGUGUUCAAGCCCGGAGAAUGCUACGUCGCCACCCACCCGUACGCUCUUCUGGCGAUGAAGAUAGUUUUGACUACGAUGAUCUCGUCUCUUGGCGUGUAGAAGAACACUGGGAUGUUGACGAUGAUGCUGCUGUCGAUCAACAAUGGGAUCAGUUAGAGCUGAAAGAUAGCUCCAGAGACAUGAACUCUCCACAAUAUGCGUCAUUGUUCUUGUUGUUCAAGAUCUCCCUCCGAUUGUUCAAAAUUACACCAAAUACACUCGUCUCUCCACUCUUCGCCCUUCGAUACCAAGCUGUGUCGAAAAACAACUUUUCUAAUGAAUGGAUCAUGUCCAAGACUUUCUGUGACCGCUUGAUGAGUCUAAUGGUCCAUCCAUGCUGGGAGGAUGAUAUAUAUCUGCUGGCCCUGGCGCUGAAGUGGACAGUCAUUUGUAGACUCGACUCGCGUCGCAAAUGGCUUAGUGGUUAUCAAAACUCUUGUCCAGCCCUCCAAUCUCUCUUCGAUGAGGCCGAAGGUUACAAGGGCAAGCGCUUACCCAUUCCGUACCACGAAAUGCACGAGCAGGCCAGGGACCGCGCUUCCAGGGAGGGCGAGUCACCUUCUGAAUUCUCGGACCUUCUUUACCAAGUGGGUGAGGCAGUUUAUAGAGACAAGACAGUGAGGCCCAAAGUUGAGCCUGAGUACGAGGCUGUCUGGGGUUUUCUGGCUCUACCACUCACCGUCUGGGAUCUUAGAGUUCUCUCCAAGGUUGUUGACUCUAUGAAUUUCAGGCCUGAGUGGAACUACAGCGUUGAAGAUGCCUUGAAAGGUUGGAAGGCGGAGAACUCCGGUCAUGAGCUCCCGACACAGGACAAGCUCUCCCUUGUUUACGAGUUCUCUCAGAAAAACGUAUUCCGACAUAUGAGAAUCAGAAAGAGAAAGGCUCCUACCGAUGCUGGUAAUGAUGAGGAGCAGCGCCCAGAUUCUUCCCCGUUCAACGACGAGAAUGAAUCUGAGCAAGGCAUAAUUUUCUCUCCCCCAAAGAUCCAACGUCCUGGUGCCGAUGGGGCCAGUGAUGAGAGUAGACCGGUGGACGACAACAAUUCUGAUUCCCCCUUGAUCCUUCAACGUCACUCACACGACGACGACAAUGAUGACGAUGUGGACGGUACCUUCGAUACAGGUGUCUGGGAUAAUUCAGAAGAGUUUGUUCCACAAACUACCCACGAGUCAGAUGCAUUCCGUAGUCAUGGACCAACUGUCUCUGAAACACUACCUCGACAACCUGCUGCAUCAACAAUUCACGCUUCCCAUCAAGACAGAAAAAUACUUUCAGAGAUCUCAGAUUUGAAGAGGGAGAACAAAGAGCUGCGGGAAAGUCAAAAGCGACACGACGAACUCAUGAUCACCAUGCAGUCCCAGCUCGAGAGCAUGCAGUCUGAACUACGUGAGUUGAGUCAGAGGAACCAAGCAUUCAACCCCCCACAGAACAAUCAGCAAAGUACCAUUCUUUUUAACAAACCUGCCACUGAGUCGGAGAGUAUCCUGGACGCUCCUGAUUUGUGGGACCGACUCUCAUCAGAGGGGGUCACUGUAUAUGAAGCAUACGGUGGGGGAUGGGCUGGAGAAGGGGAUCUCGAAGUGAUGUAA